AUGGAGCUCUGGGCUUGUGGCUUCAACGCCUGGGGACAACUGGAGUUUGGCAGCGCCCACGCCGACGCCCACAGCCCGGCAGACCACAGGCAGGACGUCACCUCCUUCCAGUGCGUUCUCACUGAUCCCGUUAUCGAGUUCAUUCGAGGCUCUGUGUCCGCCACCCUGAUACACAGGUCUUCCGAACGAGUUCUAGCGGGUGUCCCGGACCCCUUUCUCCAAUUACUUCAAUCCGGAAACUAUCAAAAUAAUCCCAAUCAUGUCGCCAUUGCCGGAAAUGAUCAAGUCGCGGCGGCCAAGUUGGAUAAUAUGGACAGUACGGUAAAUACCCACCGAUCCAUACAAGCGUAUCUUGAGAACAUAGCACUAUAUUCCACCAACGUCGGUGGCGCUGUUAAGGAAAUCGUCGCAAAUCGGACAGCCUUUCACGCCCUCACUCGGGAAGGCGAUGUAGUUAGCUGGGGGGAUCCACGGUUCCAAGCAGCUCUUGGCCGUGAACCUACACAUGAAGGUUUAGAGAGAGGCACAAUGAUCGAGGACUUGCGAGAUCUACCAACCGGCCCCAUCAGGAAAAUAUCCUCCGGUGGAUUCACCACUGCCAGCUUGACCGAGGGGAAUGAUCUGUAUGUAUGGGGAGAUCAAGCAAGGCCAGAACUGCCUAGGACCAGGUUCUUCGACGAACUCACAGGGGAACCGGCUGCCGUGGAUGUCUUCGGUCACGAUAUUCUCGACGUUGCUGUGGGAGAGGGCUAUAUCAUAGUUCUAACGACCGGCCAGAAACUAUUUGUGACAGGGAGCAACAGUAAUGGCCAACUUGGUCUGCCGAACAAGUCACAUGCCACAGGCUGGGAGGAGGUAGUGUUGCCGUUGAGACAAGGCCAAAUGAUGGUCCAUGUGAACGUUGGCUAUAAGAAUUCAUUCGUGUUAGUCGACAGCGCUUAG